AUGGACGAUCUGACGUACGAUGGGGAGAUCGUCGUCGCGAGCACGGCGAGGGAGCUGGAGGAGGCGAUGGCGCGGAUCGAGGCGUUCGACGCGCGCGCGGGGACGACGGCGACGACGAAGCACUGCGGAUUCGACAUGGAGUGGAAGGUGUCGUUUAAGCGGGGCGCGGGGGAGAGCAAGACGUCGCUGGUGCAGAUCGCGGUGGCGAACGAGGAUUUGAGCGAAAAAUUGGUGGUGCUGGCGCGGAUUCACACCGCGGGGUUGACGCGGCGAUUCAAACGAUGGACGCGAGACGGCGCGCGGGGGAAGACGGGCUUCAACGUCAGGGGCGACGCGAGAAAGUUGGUGCGGGAUUAUGGGUUAGAACCGUCGAGGGUGAUCGAGUUGAGCGUUUUGGCGAAAGAACGGUUCGAGGGUGGGUGUCCGAGCGCGCCGUCGUGGUCGUUGGCGAGGUUGUGCGAACACGUGCUCGGGAAGACGUUGCCCAAGGACAAGACGCGAAUGUCGAAUUGGGAGCGCGAAGAGUUGAAUGAGAGUCAGAUCAAGUACGCCGCCAUGGAUGCGUGGGCGUCGCUGCUAGUGUAUCGCGCGCUGAUGAAACGAGACGUGGUGGAAUCGUUCGGGGGUGAGCCGUACGAGUGCGAUCCGCUGCCCGAACCCGUCGAGUCGUCGGACGAGGAAGUUGAAGACGAGGACGAGGACGAGGACGAGGACGAAGACGAGGCGAACGCGUUCGUCGACGACGAAGAAGACGACGAAGAGCCGACCGAUGUCGUCUUUGACGAUGCUGUCGAUAAAGGCGAGUUAUCCGCUCAAAGCGCGCGCGCGGGCGAAAUAGAGCUCACGGAUACCGAACGCGAGGUGUACGCGAAGCACAUAGCGGGCGCGUCAUUGGACGACAUCGCGACGACCACGGAUACAGACAGGAUCGUCGUAUUUUCGACGUUAUUAUCCGCGAUGCGCAAGGGUUGCGCAUUCUAUUUCAAGUUGUUGUGUAUUCCCGAGCACCUGACAUUGUUCUUCGACGAUCACGUCAUGCUCAACGGCGCGUUGCCCAAGGCGAAUGAUUUUGUGGAGUACGCCAAAAUCGACGACGAACGAAGUUGUAAGCUCAUGCUUAUCGCGUUAACGGUGAAACUCGCGCGCGAGCGCGAGCAGCAGCAGUGUUAG